AGAGGUCGGUUUCUUCUUCGUUGGUUCCGGUCUCACGGCUCUGUGUACUGACGGAAGCUGGAGGCCUGUUGUCAUUUGUCGGAGUCCUGUUCGCUAGUGGGCCGUCUCAGUUUCAGUUCUGGUUCCUACCGGUACCGGUUCAUCGGUUCGCGUGUCCGUUUGUCGCCGCCUCCCGUCGGCCUCCACAGCUCAGGUAACCCGGCUGGGUCUGCUUUAGCCCGGUCCGCGGUCCCGGAAGAACCGAGCGGACCGUUGCAGUCAAAACACGUCCAGCUGUUCCUGCUGCUAAUUGUCUCCACAGACACAGGCCCGUCUCCCGUCAUGCACCGGUCUGUUGUUGCUGUAGGUGCUGUGCUCAUGGAUCAUACAUAAUGAACACAUAUUCCAGCUGCGUCACGUGGAGACAUAAGAUCAGACGAACGUUAGUCUGAUGUGUCCUCGAUGCCCCGUUGGAAGGUGUUCUUCCGUCGGUUGGUGCGCUGGCCCCGCCCCCUCACACAGGCCGUGGUGCUGUGCGUGGUCACGUUCUGCGUGGUUCUGCCCAUCACCUGCCAUCGUCUGCUCUACUCCUAUUACUUCUUGCGGUUCCUCUACCUGGACGCCAUGAGUGAGGCGGUCCUGGAGGAGAGUCUGGAUCGGGGUCAGGACGCGCUUCGCUUCUGGCAGUCUGCUGCAGUAGCGCCGCUGUCCUCCGCAUUCAGUGAUGUCGCCAUGCAUCCUGAUCUGCUGGUUACUGUGGUGACAGCCAGGCGGAGCGAGGGGCGGGACUUCCAUUACUUGCUGCAGGUAAUGCAACAGCUGCACAACCUCCUGGGGGGCUGUGGUGGACACCGGUGUGCCGAGGUGCUGGUCUGCGAUGUAGAAAGUGGGUCCCAGGAGAACCAGGACGCAAAGCUGCUGGAGGGUCACUUCAGGGUGGUCCGCCGAUCACCUGAGGAACGGCAGCAGAACCGAGACCAGGUGAACACCUUCGAAAGGGAGAAGAGGGACUAUGUGUUCUGUCUGCGUAAGGGGUGGGAGCUGGUGCGGCCUCAGAAUGUGGUGGUCCUGGAGGAUGAUGCUCUGCCCAGGAACGACUUCUUCAGCGUCAUCCAGAACCUGCUGUCACGGCGCUUCGCCCUCCACACACUGUACAUCAAGCUGUACCACCCUGAGAGGCUGCAGCGCUACUGGAACCCCGAGCCCUACCGUAUCCUGGAGUGGGUGGGGCUGGGUGUGGUUGGGGCCACAGCGCUGCUCCUCAGCCUCCCCUACUGGAACCCCCGAACCUCCUCCUUCACGCUGUCAGCUGGACACCUCCUCUUCUUCACAAUCUACUUCAUGGCGGUGGCCGAGCUGCUCGGCCGUCACUACCUCCUGGAGCUGCGCAGGCUGUCGCCACAGCUGUAUGCUGUGUCUCCAGCCACCGAGUGCUGCACACCUGCCAUGCUGUUCCCUGGAAAUGCCUCACUGCGGGUCGCAGAGUACCUGGACGGAUCCUUCUGUGUCAAGGGUAACGCCAAGGACAUGGUCCUAUAUGAGCUGUCCAGGGUCGUCCCCGAGGAACGGUCGCACAGUGUCGAACCCAACCUCAUCACCCACAUUGGGGCGUACUCCUCUGUCAGGCCCAACCCUGCCAGACCCAGACUCCUCUGACCCGGUGGACCAGGACUGGGACUGGGACCAUCCUCACCGGAUUCUGCUGUGUCAGUGCUGUUCAAACCUCCUCAUUCUGCUGUUUUCUGACCUGCUGAGAUUUGUUUUUCUUAUGUUUCUCAUUAAACCAGUGUCAAAUGGACCCGACGUCGGGUUCUGUUUGUUCACCGCUAUAGGAUUAAGUCUGAAUCAGAUCUGAAAUGUUCACCUGAUGUGAACCCGCUUUACAAAGACGCACAUCACUGCCGCAUCUCAGACCAAAUGCGACCACACUGCCUUCCAGGCCAAACCAGUUCAACAAUGACUGUGAACUAUCAGAAGACACAAGGUCAGUUAAGCUGUAGUUAAAAUGAAAGACACGAAGGAACUCGGAGAUUUACACAUGUGAUGAAUGUUAUGACAACACAACUGCUACACAACCACAACAGCAACAACACAACGACAACCAACCAAACUGUGUCGAUACAAGACAACUGACAGUUUAACCAACAAAUGUUACAUCACACAAGUCACUGUGUUGUGUGUUUGUUUUUUCAUUUGUUGUGUUGUUUCCUGUUGGUGUCCGGUGCAUUUCCUCAUAGUUUCCUGAUACAUACCAUUGCAUUUGCAUAAACAUAUCACUUUUUUUAAAGUUACAUUUUCAGAUUUUCACAUCAGAAAAUUAAAAUUAGCAUUGACGCACAUUUUUGCUGGCAGAUCAAAACACCACUUAGUGAAUGUUUAAAGCUGUACCUACUGAUCUGGCAUGUCUCACAGCACUUAGUAAAAAUUUGAACAUGAACAACCUGCCUCCCUCCAAAGCCCCGCCUGCUUCCUCCAGCCUAAUGCUCUCCUCCUCACUUAACACGUGGUGGGAAGCAGAGGUGUCAUGGUCCACUCCGAUGUGGCCGCAGACCCCUCCCUCAGCAAUUAGACACAUCAUCAUUCACCUGCUGGACUCCUCUAUCAUUAGGAGACCCUGUAUUUAAGGGUCUGGUCUGUGCAGUGCUGGAUCAUUGUUUUCACUGCACCUCAUCACCUACAAUAAAUGCUCCAGUUGGCCGGACUGUGCUGCACUGUGAGUGUGUGGACUCUGCGCACCCUCUGUGGACAUUUGAGGUUUCAUAGUCCAUACAUUUAUCAUCCUACAUCAUCCAACAUUGUGUGACACCAAGUACUUGUAUGUGGAUUCUAUGCGGUCGUAAAAAUUGAGCUUUGGGCGGAGGUGUCUAUGGAGUCAAGUGCGCCCGACUCCUGGAUCUCCAUCCUUCAUUCACGGACUCUGACUGCUUCAAUCUGGUUUUUCUGUUUGUUCCCCUUGGUUGUUGUUUCUGUUAAGAAAUCCUUUGUUUCUCUUCAUCACCAUCCAUUUGAGUCCAAUCCACACUCCUAGACAGGAGGAGCAACGCACGUGAAAUGUCAGAUUCGGAGGCACCUGUAUCGGAUGCGGGAUGGCAGUAAUGGAUGAUAGACAGGAUACUCGGCCAAUUAUUUUAGUCGGACCGAAUAAAAUGAUUGGUCAGACUUUUAUCAGAAAUAUAUGAGACUUAAACAUUUUUGAGUUUCAGACCCUGUCGGAUUUCUUUCACAUUUUAGUUUGACACACACUUACUAGGAGCAUUUUAAGAUUACAAAAGAAAAGUGUAAAAAUGCCACAUCAUACAGUAAAGCUUUAAGUCACAACUCAUCUUCUACAUAUUUUCAGUGCCACCUUUUGGUGAAAUAAUGUAUCCUCGAUGAUGCGUGACCAACCAGUUCAUUGACACAGAACAUCGUGAGUUCAGUUCACGUCGUACUGACCUGGACCAGGACCUGAGAUCUGGACCCAGGACCUCGGAUCUGGAUUUGUUUUUUAAAGCAAUGACCUCCCAUUUUGUCGAUAUCGAUAAUCUCCCUUUAAAUUUGCAGAUUUUCAUAUCAAUUAAAUCUUUUAUAAAAAUCAUCAUAAAUAUCAAGUAUUGAUCAGUUUCCUGUUUAUCCUGAUUUUGAAGUGUUCAGUGACCCCCUCCUGUGUCGUUCAUGUCUGUAUUGAUCAAUUCUUCUGUACAAAGUGGAAACAAGGCAUUGUGUUUGCCUAAGCGCCUCCUGUUGGAAACGAGGCCUUAUUGACACUUGCGUCUCUUUCGGUGUUGAUUAAAUUAUUUAAUAUUUUAAAGUCAAAGCUGCUUCACAUCAGGUCAGACGAUCAGCUGAUUAAUACAUCUGAUUAACCUCCUGUCUAUCAGUAAAUGUUUGUACAUAAACUGUUUACAGAAAAGACAUAUUUUUGAUCUUGAAUCAUCUGAGUUUUUGUUUUUUUUUUAAUUUAGAAUUUUUAACGAACCAUUGGAAUUAAAACAAUGCAUCUACUGAUCAUUAAUCAAUCAUGUAAAGGGCUGGUCUUGAUCUCAGCAUUAAAGCACUUUAUUACAGAUGUGAAAACAAAUCCAAAGUUUAAUUCGAUGAAUGAGUCGAAGGUUUUUUAUAAACAUCUGUGUUUUAUGUUUAAGAUAAAAUGUGAAAAAAGAAUCGAGGCUUAAAUGUUUUUCUGUUUGCUUUUUUCUCACUUAUGUCUGGGUCAUUUUUCUGACGUUUGCUGUGGUUUUUGUCACAGAUGAAGCUUGUUUGGGUUGAACUUUGACUUUUCAAAAUAAAAUGAUUUAAUUCACA